AUCAUAGCUGGGCUCUCCAUAGCAGCUCACCCCGCAAUCUUUCCAGUCUCUUGACCGGAGGUUCUUAGCGACGCAUCAGGACUUCGGCCGGUUGCUUUUUAGGCUGAACAAGAGCGCACUUGCUUUCGGCUGGCAUCCCUGAAUUUCGCAAAGCGACCAUGGCUUCUUUGAGAAUCGCCCCGCGUGGCUUCGCAGUCCUGAUUGUCAUCUGCCUCAUCGGUGCCGCUUGGUCAGCGCUUGUUGGCGGGUGGCAUCGACAGAGCGUUGGCGACAACGCCAUGUUUGAGGAGCUGGCGCACUUUGCCAUAUCCAGACAGAUUGGUGACCGGGAGUACUUCGACACUGUGCUCGAACUGGUCGAUGUAGAGACUCAGGUUGUGGCCGGCACAAACUACCGAAUCAAGUUCAAGGUGGGCGAAUCCACAUGCAGGGUAACAGAAACAUACACCAAGGAGGCCUGUGUUCCACAAUCCAGAGAGACGGUCAAGGAUACCUGUACAGCAGUUAUAUACGACGUACCUUGGCUGAAUGAACGAUCUGUGUCUUCUUUCACCUGCGAAGGAAGCAGCACAUCUACCUAAAGAGCAUCAUAGGACAUUUCAACAAUUAGGUGCAGAUAUUGUGCUAGUGUGUUUAUUUCUACAUAUUGCAAUGCAAAUAUAGGGAAAUAUGUAGGCAGUCUC